GGGAAGCGCUGCAUUGGCCACGGGCUGGCCUGUCAGGGCGGAGUCCCAGAGGCCGGCCGGCAGCAGCUGUGGUGGCAGUGCCAGCAGAGGCAGAGACGGCUGCUGGCAACCCUGGGACUGGGGAGGACCGGGUCGCCAUGGGCGUGGAGAUCGAAAUCAUUUCCCCAGGAGAUGGAAGGACAUUCCCCAAGAAGGGUCAGACCUGUGUGGUGCACUACACAGGAAUGCUCCAAAAUGGGAAGAAGUUUGAUUCCUCCAGAGACAGAAACAAGCCUUUCAGGUUCAAGAUCGGCAGGCAAGAAGUGAUCAAGGGGUUUGAAGAGGGGACCGCUCAGAUGAGCCUGGGUCAGAGGGCAAAGCUGACCUGCACCCCUGACGUGGCGUAUGGAGCCACGGGGCACCCAGGAGUCAUCCCUGCCAAUGCCACCCUCAUCUUUGAUGUGGAGCUGCUCAGGUUAGAAUGAGCACUCAGGUGUGCCAGCUGAGGCCAGCUGCUGCUGCUGUUCAUGCAUCAUCUCCCUUCUUUCCCGGGGAGGGGCCACAGUCCCCCAGUACCUCCCAUUCCAAGCUUUCAUACCAGUGAUGCCUGCCUCCAUCACAGUUAUGUGUGUGCGUGUGUGUGCGUGUGUGUGCGUGCGUGUCCAGUUCUGCACUGACAAGCUUCCUGACUUUGAGAAAAAGCUUGUUGGGAACAUUCUCCAAUUGGGUAUCAUCUUUAACUUGCAUGUGAUAGUACCCCGCCCCCACCCCGUAUGCGUGUGCGCAAGCUUUUUAUUUAUGAAGCAAAAAGUCUGCACUGCCUUACUUGUCCACUGACCCCAGAAGCUGCUAGUACUCAGCCAGACGUGCAUGUGCUGGGCACACACCGUGGGCAUCGAUCCUGCCUCAUCCUCGCUGAUAAUCUGGACUGUCCCCUUGGAAUUAAGACUUAUGCAAAAUAAAGGCUCAGUA